AUGCUAUAAUUUAUAGUACAAUAUGAGGGGAAAAAAUUUAACUCAGAAUCAAUGAGUUAUAGAAAGAUUCAAGAUUUCAUCGACAAAUUGGUUUCUACAUUGAAAUUACCUAUUUAAAAUAAGUAAUUUGGAUUAUUCAUGAACAAUAUUGAACUUCAAAGAGAUAAAACAUUAUUAGAAAAUAAAGUGAAUACAGGAUCUGUUUUAGAUUUGAGAGUGACUAAGACUUUUGAGUAUGCCUUUCUAAAAAUUGUAAAAGAUGGGAAAUCCAUUUUUCCACAUAUUAGUUUAGCAGCUAUGGCAUAAGAAUUAUAUACUGAAGUCGCUACAAUGUUCUAGAUUGCUGAAGAUACAUUUACACUUUACUUUUAAGGAACUCCAUUAAGUAAAAAUGCUUAAUUAGCACAAUAUAACAUUAUUGGAAAUUCUAUUAUUAAUUGUUAAUCUAAAGAUGUCAUUAAUAAAGAUGUUUAAUUAAAUGAGUUAUAAACAAAUACCUAGAAUUCUAAUUAAAUACAAAUAGAGCAAUAAAACUAUAUCUAACCUAAGUAAUAAUAACUUGUGAUGUCAUAAUAAAAUAUAAUGAUUAUUUUAGAAUAUCGUGGUUAAAAGAAUCAAAUUGAAGUGACUUCAGAUACUUACAUACAUGAAAUCAUAGAAAUAGUUAAAGAAAUAUACUCAAUUCAAGAAAACAUUAAUUUAAAACUUAAUCAAUAAAUUUUGCCAAACAAUUAGACAAUAGAAUCCUUACAAAUCAAAAAAGGUUUUAUCUUGUCAGUAGAAAUUCAAUAAUAGUAAUAGUAAUAGUAAUAAUAAUAAUAAUAAUAAUAAUAAUAAUAAUAAUAAUAAUAAUAAUAAUAAUAAUAAUAAUAAUAAUAAUAAUAAUAAUAAUAAUAAUAAUAAUAAUAAUAAUAAUAAUAAUAAUAAUAAUAAUAAUAAUAAUAAUAAUAAUAAUAAUAAUAAUAAUAAUAAUAAUAAUAAUAAUAAUAAUAAUAAUAAUAAUAAUAAUAAUAAUAAUAAUAAUAAUAAUAAUAAUAAUAAUAAUAAUAAUAAUAAUAAUAAUAAUAAUAAUAAUAAUAAUAAUAAUAAUAAUAAUAAUAAUAAUAAUAAUAAUAAUAAUAAUAAUAAUAAUAAUAAUAAUAAUAAUAAUAAUAAUAAUAAUAAUAAUAAUAAUAAUAAUAAUAAUAAUAAUAAUAAUAAUAAUAAUAAUAAUAAUAAUAAUAAUAAUAAUAAUAAUAAUAAUAAUAAUAAUAAUAAUAAUAAUAAUAAUAAUAAUAAUAAUAAUAAUAAUAAUAAUAAUAAUAAUAAUAAUAAUAAUAAUAAUAAUAAUAAUAAUAAUAAUAAUAAUAAUAAUAAUAAUAAUAAUAAUAAUAAUAAUAAUAAUAAUAAUAAUAAUAAUAAUAAUAAUAAUAAUAAUAAUAAUAAUAAUAAUAAUAAUAAUAAUAAUAAUAAUAAUAAUAAUAAUAAUAAUAAUAAUAAUAAUAAUAAUAAUAAUAAUAAUAAUAAUAAUAAUAAUAAUAAUAAUAAUAAUAAUAAUAAUAAUAAUAAUAAUAAUAAUAAUAAUAAUAAUAAUAAUAAUAAUAAUAAUAAUAAUAAUAAUAAUAAUAAUAAUAAUAAUAAUAAUAAUAAUAAUAAUAAUAAUAAUAAUAAUAAUAAUAAUAAUAAUAAUAAUAAUAAUAAUAAUAAUAAUAAUAAUAAUAAUAAUAAUAAUAAUAAUAAUAAUAAUAAUAAUAAUAAUAAUAAUAAUAAUAAUAAUAAUAAUAAUAAUAAUAAUAAUAAUAAUAAUAAUAAUAAUAAUAAUAAUAAUAAUAAUAAUAAUAAUAAUAAUAAUAAUAAUAAUAAUAAUAAUAAUAAUAAUAAUAAUAAUAAUAAUAAUAAUAAUAAUAAUAAUAAUAAUAAUAAUAAUAAUAAUAAUAAUAAUAAUAAUAAUAAUAAUAAUAAUAAUAAUAAUAAUAAUAAUAAUAAUAAUAAUAAUAAUAAUAAUAAUAAUAAUAAUAAUAAUAAUAAUAAUAAUAAUAAUAAUAAUAAUAAUAAUAAUAAUAAUAAUAAUAAUAAUAAUAAUAAUAAUAAUAAUAAUAAUAAUAAUAAUAAUAAUAAUAAUAAUAAUAAUAAUAAUAAUAAUAAUAAUAAUAAUAAUAAUAAUCACCCCACACAUAAUAAAAUGUAAUGAUUAUUUUAGAAUAUCGGGGUUAAAAGAAUCAAAUUGAAGUGACUUCAGAUACUUACAUACAUGAAAUCAUAGAAAUAGUUAAAGAAAUAUACUCAAUUCAAGAAAACAUUAAUUUAAAACUUGAUCAAUAAAUUUUGCCAAACAAUUAGACAAUAGAAUCCUUAAAAAUCCAAAAAGGUUUUAUCUUGUCAGUGGGAAUUCAAUAUUAAUAAUAGCCAAUGCAAUCAAAAUUAACUUUAAUUAUUUUUCACUCUACUCUAAAUGGUUAAGCAGUAGAAGUAGAUUCAGAUGCUAAAGUAUACGAAUUGGCAAUUGAAUUAUAAGCAUUAUUUGAGAUUUCCUAAAUCUAAUUAACUUUAGAAAAUGGAUAAGUGUUAAAUCCAAAUUAAACUUUUAGAGAAUAAAAUGUAUAAAACGAUUCUAAAUUGUACAUAUAGUAAGUCUUAACUAAUCCUACAUAAACAGCAUCUUAAAUUUAAGAAAUAGUUUUGAUAGUGCUAUUUGAAUAAUAAACUUUAAAUAUUACUGUUCCUUGUAAUUCUUUGGUGUAGGAGCUUGAAUGUACACUUAAGCAAAAUUUGAAUCUUAAUUAUGAAAUAAAGUUAUACCACAAUGAUAAAAUGUUGAAUUCGAAUGAAACAUUCCAAUAAUUGCAAAUCGGAAAAGGUUCUAGAUUGGUGAUCAAAAAAAUUGAACAAGCCUCUGUUUCAAAAAAAUAAAUUCAAUUAAGUUUGUCUUAUGAAACUUAGCCUCUAAUUGCAAUAGAAGUAGAAGAUGAAAUUACUAUUAAAGAUAUAGAAGAUUAAAUAAAUCAAUACUUUCAUUUAAAUGUAGAUUUGGUGACUCUUUAUAAUGGGUAGGUUUUAGAUUCAAGCAAAACCCUGUAAGAAUAUUAAAUUAAAGAUAACUCCAUUCUCAAAUUUUAAUAGAAAUAAUAAAAUAUACAUCUUAUUAUUAAUGCAUUCAAUCAGACUUUAGAUUUUCAAGUUAAUUAAGAUACAACAAUUAUGAGUUUGAUUGAAGAUGUAAAAGGUACAUGCAAUAUGAAAAAUCAAUUGAUGAUGUAAAAAGUAAAUGGAGAAAUCUUAGACCCAAGCUUAACUGUUAAGCAAUCUGGAAUUUGUGAUAACUCAAUCUUAACUGUAGUUCAAUUAUAGGAUAAAUAACCCAAAUUGCCAGUUAGAAGAGUUAUCUAAGUGAUUUUAGAUUAUAAAGGGGCUAAAACACCAAUAGAAGUUGAAGAUAAUAUUAAUGUAUCAGAGUUGAUAGAGCAAAUCAUGCUUAGUUUCUCAAUUUCAGGAUCCUUAUAAAUUAGUCUUGAGGGAAAAUAAAUUCUUAAUCCUUUAGACACUUUAGCCAAUUAGAAUGUUUAAAAUGGUAGUCUAUUAAUUGUAACUCAAAUUUCAUAAAAUGUUCCUAAAAUUUAAUAAGUUGCUCCUUAAACUAAAUAAAGUUCAUCUCCUCUAAAUAUCAAAACAUUUAUUGUGAAUAUCGAUUAUGAAGGAUAAAAAUAUCCCAUAGAAGUACAUUCAAAUACUUUAGUAUAUGAAAUAAUACAGGAGUUUAGAUAAGCCCUUUAAAUCUAAGAAUAAUGUAAUUUGCACCUUGAAAAUUAAUAAGUUCUUCAACUAAACUUAACUUUAGAGGAUUAAAAUUUCAAACAAGAUUCUAUUUUAUUUUUAAAACCAAUUCAAAAUGUUAAUUAUAAUGCAUAGUAAUAACCUAGUUUAUAAACAAAUUAAGCUUUUAAAGCAUAAGAAAUUAUUAUUAUGUUUAGUUUCUAAGGGUAGAAUCAUAGCUUAAGUUUGAUGAAUGAUACAUUAGUUAAGGAUUUGAUUUUAUGUAUUUAAUAGAAUUUCAAUUUAAAUGAAAAAUUUUAAUUAAGUUUGGAAAACAAAUAUACACUAAAUGAGGAGUAAACUUUGGCUGCUUAGAAAGUUGAAAAAGGAAACACUUUAUAUCCAGUUUUCAACCAGAAACCAUAACAAUAAUAAUUUGAAGAGAAUUACACUUUGAUUUUGAAUUAUUAGAAUUGUAAAUACCAGUUUGAAGUUUCUUCUGAUUCAUUAGGAAGUGAAUUGAUGGAUGCUAUUUAGCAACAUACUAAAAUACCAACUGCAUUUAAUGCAAUUAUUGAAGGAAAAACUCCUUUGAUCUUGGAUAAGACUUUGAAGGCGUAAAAUAUAAAAAAUGGAAGUAUUAUUGAACCUUAAGUAUAACCUUAAAUAAAUCAAUUGAAUUAAACUUAAUAAAAUUAAUUUUAGAAAAUACCUCCUUCAUAAUAAUAAAAUUUUUAUGGUACUUCAUACUAAUUACCUCCUCCUCCGAAUUAAUAAUUUAUUCCAUAACAAAAUCAGUUUCAGUUUAAUUAGCCUAUGAAUUUUGCUUCAGUACCUCCACUAUAAUAGAAUACAUUGUCGGGAGGUUAGAAAAAUUUAUAAUAACAAUUUUAAUAAGGAUUGAAUAAUAGUCUUAAUUAGUUAAAUAGUUUUGAGGGAUAACCAACAUAAUUUUUACCCUAUGGAAAACCUCAAUUUCAACAAUAAUAAUUUGGAAGACUAUCUACACAAUUUUAAAAACCAUAACAAUAGUAAAUGGGUGGAAUGCCUUAUUAAUAAUAAACCUUUAAUUAACCCUAAAUUGGUGGAAUGCCUAAUUAAUAAUAAAUCUUUAAUUAACCCUAAAUUGGUGGAAUGCCUAAUUAAUAAUAAAACUUUAAUUAACCCUAAAUUGGUGGAAUGCCUAAUUAAUAA